CAGUGCAUAUACGCUACUGAUACGCUGUGAUACAGUUUCGUUAAAUAUGUGUGCGUAUGUUACUUAUCAGUCCUACCUCUACCAUUUAAAAUUAAAUAAAUCCUAGAUACAUUACGGAAAAAUGCAAAACAAAUUUAAUAAUACAGCAUCUCUUUUAUUAAAAGUAGAUAAAAUCUUUUAAGGUUCGUUGCAUAGGACUACAAAAAUAAUUGUUAUAUUUGCUUAUUGCUUCUUAUAUAUUGCUCAUUACGAAAGUCAAUAAAGAUGACAAUUGUCACACCCAAAAAUUGGAAUUAUGAACGCAUCUUAGGGACUGGAGGUUUUGGAAUUGUAAAAUUAUGGGUUCAUAAACCAACCGGCCGGAAACUGGCAAUAAAACAAUGUAAAUGGAACGAUACACAAUUAACAGCAAUACAAAAAGAGCGAUGGACUAGAGAAGUUGAAAUAAUGAAACGCUUAACACAUCCUAAUAUCGUAAAAGCAAUACAUAUUCCAUUUAAAUUUCUAGAUGAAGAUAAAAGCAUGCCUGUAUUAUGUAUGGAAUAUUGUGCAAUGGGUGAUCUUAGAAAAGUUUUAAACAAACCAGAGAAUUGCUGCGGUAUUAAAGAAACAGAUAUAUUAAAAAUAAUAAGUGAUAUUUUAUUGGCUGUAAAAUAUUUACACUUACAUAAUAUUACUCAUCGUGAUUUAAAACCAGAAAAUAUAGUUUUACAAGCUGUAAAAGGCACAAUUUUAUAUAAAUUAAUAGACUUGGGAUAUGCUAAAGAAAUUGGAGAGACAAGCACAUCUGCAUCCAUAGUAGGUACAUUGAAUUAUGUAGCCCCAGAACUUCUUUAUAAUGAGAAAUAUAGUUGUUCUGUUGAUUAUUGGAGCUUAGGAAUACUUUUCUAUGAAAUAAUUACUGGAAAGAGACCAUUUUUACCACGUAUGCCACAUACAAUAGAAUGGAUGAAAAUUAUUAAAAAUAAAUCCAAUGAUGAUAUAUGUGCAUAUGAAUGCGGAAAAAAAGUAUUAUUUAGACAAGAUAUAGAAGAUCCAAUAGAUCUAUCUAGUUAUAUCAGAUCUGUUAUGGUAGAAUGGUUUAAAGUUGUCCUUCAAUGGGAUCCUAAAAAACGGGGUAAACAAUUAGAUGUAAAUGGAACACCUCAAUUAGUAGUUUUUAAAUUACUUGAACCAGCUCUAUUGCAGAAGGUUUUAUAUGUGUAUUGUAUGUAUUUAUAUAAGAUAAAUACAUAUAUAAUUGAUAGCAACACUACUCUCUCAAAUUUGCAAUUUCUUAUAGAGAAAGAUACGAAUAUUUCAAUAAAUCAACAAAUAUUAACUGAUUAUUAUGGAAAUAUUCUUCUUAAUGAUAUACCCAUUCUUGCACAAAUUAAUAACCCAAUGUUAUUUGUCCUGAAAACUGGGGAUAUAUUAAUAUAUAAUAAACCUAUACUAAGUAUACCUUAUCUAGUACAAAAAAUGAUAGAACAAUCAAAAAAUGAAUUAGGUUUUGAAGCAUUAAAUGAUUAUUAUCGUGCGACCAUAUUCAUGAUGAAACAGGAGUUACAUCUUUUCCAGUUAUAUAUUUUUGCUUUAUCUAUAGAAGUAGAUUUAAUAAAUGCAAGACUUAUUAAGUUUAGAAAAUGUAUGGAGAAUACAUUACAAAGUACAAAUUUAUUAGCUGUGGAAGUAACUUCUUGUCAAACCAAUUAUGUCAAUCAAGAAAUAAAAAAAGAGAAAAUUAAAGCUUUGGAAGGAAAUUCUAAGAAAGUAAAUAAAUUACUAACUGCUGCUAAUCAAAUACAGUUACAAUUUACUAAUUUAAAUGAAGAUAAUAAUGUAUUACAGAACAUUGUCCAAAAGAUUUCAAUAGAAGUUUUAUAUGAAAUAUAUAAUAAAGCUUUAGAUAUAUUUGAAACUUUUAAAGAGACCUUUAAUCGUACUGGGACACCAACAAAAAUGGUUAAAGCACUUGUUGAAUUUAUAAAACUACGAGAAGCACAAUUUCGUGAAAACAAGAUCAUUGAACUUGCCAGUCAAAUAAAUAACCUGGAAAAUGAGCUUUUUAAAUUAGAAGGUUCAUUCGAUUCUGUAAUAGUCAUGACUAAAAAGUAUCAAGAAGAUUUGUAUUCUAUAAUAAAGGAAGAUUUGGAUAUGGAAGUUUCACCUAAAAUUAAUGAAAUUACUGAGUCUAAUAAAUCUAUAGAAUGUCAUGAUAACUUAAUAUAUGAAAAUUUAGUAGUACGACAUACGAUGGAUAACCUUAUGACAGAAAUAAAAAAAAUAUAUCAGGAGAUAGUAAGUCUUGAUCCAUAAAAUCAAAAAUAAAUUUUGAGAUAUAUGAUAUAUGCAAAAUAUAAAUAUCACUAGCAUUGUUUCAAUAACAAAUAUGUUAUUGCAUUUUAAUUUCAUAUUAUAUUUGUACCAAAAAGUUGUAUUCAGUUAACUUUUAUUACAAUUAUUCUAGAAACAUUAGGAAACUUUGGAAACAUAAUAGAAUAUACUUUUAUGUUACCUAUUUAAUAUUUAUUUCUUUCUCAGUUCUAACGAAUGUAUGUAUUGGUCUAUUCAAUUUAUUCAUUCUUUCUAACUCUAAUAGAAGAUUACUUGAUAUUGUUGAGAUAGAAAAGAAAUAUAUAAUAUAUAUAUUUGUCAUAAUGGUUUGUAAUCACUGUAGUAUAUUAAAUAUGGAUCUUUUUUCU